AUUAAUUAAACUCAUCACGUACGAGGGAUUGGUUUAUCCAACAUAGAGAGUCACAAAUUAAAAGAAAAGAAAAUUAUUAGGAAGGAGUCCAUUCAUGACGUGGGAAGGUGAAGGUGGGGCUGAGAGCACACUUGGGAUUGGGACCCAUCCUCUCCCUUUGGUCUUUGCUGCUAACUUCACGGAGAAGUUCUCUUUCGGCCUUUUCUUCUCUGUGUUUUCCUUUCCCCUGAAAGAACGAUAACCAAAAUCAUAAAUCCUCAUCUCACUCCAACUCUAGUAUUUUUCACAGCACACCAGUGAAACUAUCUGCACAGGUGUUUCAAGUUCGAAUUUUCAGUUUCCCUUAAAAGGGUUUGAUUGUUCCACUUUUAGCUUCUUCUUUUUUCCUUUUUCUUUUUAUAAUAUGGCAUCAUCUCAUAGCAAUACUCACACCGAAGCCGCAAAAUUGGAACAAAUCAUCACUGAAUUCUUCUAUAAGAGUCUUCUAAUUAUUCUUGAAUCGAGGUCUCCUUAUGUGUCAUCGCGAAAUUAUAGUGGUGAACAAAUUAUGUCAUCUCCAUCUUCGUCCACAUCAUCUUCCUCAGGUGUGAGACCAAGAGAUAAAUGGUUCAAUUUAGCUCUUAGGGAGUGCCCUUCAGCAUUAGAAAAUUUUGAUCUUUGUCGCCAGAGUAAUUUUGAGCCGGUAGUGAUUGAUGUUACCUUGGAGCAGAAGCCUCUUGAUUGGGAUCCUGUGACCUUUUCCCCCAAAAGUGAUCUUGUUAAGCAUUCUUCAUCAAAAGAUAAGAAUUCAUUUUUCUGGAAUUCUGAUCAAGAAGAAUCAGGCUGUGAGGCAAAAGGUGAGAAGGUUAUAGAAAGGUGGUUCGUGCAGCAUGAAAGUAGAAAGGGUAGGGAUUGCAGUUCAGGGAGUAGAAGGUCAAGUAGUAAUAAUUUGAGUGCAUUAUAUAAGAAAUUGAUAUUGCUGUUGAGGUCCUUAUAUGUGACCGUUAGGCUUUUACCUGCGUACAAGAUAUUCCGUGAUCUCAAUUCAUCUGGUCAAAUCCGUGCUUUUAAGCUUGUUCCUAGGGUAUCCUCUUCUGUUGAAUCUUUCACUCAGAAAGACGAGGCUGAAAUGCAGCGAUUUUGGUUCACCCCUGUGGAUACUUCUUGUGGAAGGCUUUGCCUUUCAGUUUUGUACCGUUCAUCAAUCUCAGAUAUAAGUUCCGAGUCAUCAACCCCUAUGUCCCCUCAAUUUAUACCAGAUUAUGUUGGAAGCCCAUUGACAGACCCACUGAGAAGAUUUCCUUCUCUUCCUGUGUCACAGGGCUCUCCAUCAUCUUUGCCAUUCUCAAGAAGACAUAGUUGGAGUUUUGAUCGUUACAAGGCUUCACCGCCUUCAGUUUCUUUCUCACCAUCCCCAACACAUUCAGAAUCACAUGCUUUGGUUUCUAACCCAAGCUCUCGCCGUGCGCCACCUAUGAGCUUACCUCCUCAUCCUCCUGGGGCAUCUCUACCUCAUAAGAAGAAUACAAACUUUGAUGAGUAUUGGCCUUCCCCAAAUUUUUCUGCUUCCCCUUCCCCAUCCCCAUCCCCUUCCCCCUCACCAUCACCGCCCAUCCGCAUUCCCGUUCAUCUGUCAAAAGAUCUUUUACGUUCUGAAAGUGCUCCUGUUAACAUACCUGUCCGUAAGCUUGCUGGUUCCCCUGCAUUGUCCUGCAAGCAAAAUUUGCCACCAUCUCCUCCCCUUAAAAUUUCAAGAGCUGAUAUUUCUUGGACUGAUAAUAAUAUGGGUCCCAUGAAAUCUGGCGCAACUAUCGAGAAGCUGUACUCUUUCGGGAAAGGAGACGGUCAGAAAUAUUCUGGAGUGAACUCACCCAGAAUUUCAUUUUUCAGAAGCUCCAGUAGGUCUAUACAAGAUGAUUUUGAUGACUCUGAGUUUCCAUGUCCAUUUGAUGUGGAGUACGAUGAUAUGGACCCUGGUAGCAGACCCGAGUCUUAUGAUAGAAGAGGAAAUCCAUCUGAUCCAAACGAGGCAGGAUUGUUUAUGAAUAGAAAAUCCCAAGAUGCUGCGGUUGGUGCUCUUGUACGGUUGCUGAAGAAAGCCCCUCCACUUCGCCAAGACAUACCGAGUUCGAUUAAUUUUUCAGAAGCCUCGAGGCCAGAAAUGUGGAAUAACAACAUCCAAGAGCAAAACCAGAACAAAGAGGCUGUGACUGUUGAACGUGAUGCUUCUUCAAUUAUUACAUCUUCUAGGCUUGUCGCAUCAAUGACAACGGCGGAUGCAUUAGAGGAACUUCGGAGUUACAAAGAGAUGAAAAACUUGUUGCUUAGUGAAGGUGGUAAGUCUUGCAUAUCUGCCAAUUUAACCUCUGGGGCUAAACAUUCUGGCAAGGGUACAUGAGACUGAUCAACUUAUGUGAUAUUGGUAUAGUUUCACAUAUGUACAGCGCUAUGGUUUGAAAGACUACUACUACAUGCUAUACAGCUGAAACCAUUUUCCUCUUUUUGUGAUCAUAGGAGUAUAUAUAUACAAUAUAUAAGUUUUUGGUUAAGAUUUUUGUUAACAACAGAAGGGUUAUUUGCUGGCCCCGAAAUCUUUGUAAAAAGCACUCUUGUCUCUGAUCCUACAUAACAUAAUUGCACAUAAGGGUGGCGCAUGCUUUGAUAUA